AUGCCUCCAGCCACCACUGUUGGACUGUGCACGCAUCAGCCUGGCACCAAGGAAGAGGAAUAUGGCCUUCCUCUGCCUAGUUGCAUCCCUAACCAGCCUUCUGCCUCUUUUCUUUUCCCUUUCUCUUUUUCAGGCGCUCCUUUUCAAAGGUCUCAGCAUCCUCAUGCUACCUCCUGCCGGCACUUCCAUUUGGGCCCCCAGCCUCAGAUUUCUGCAGACUUUCCCCUGCCUCACGCUGUCCAGCCUCACAUGGCAACCACUCACCAGCACAGUGGCCCGCUGCACCCAUCCUUACCGCCUCUGCCUGCCCUGCCAUUCCAGGAUGUGACGGGACCCUCUUUCCUACCUCAGGCCCUUCACCAGCAAUACCUCCUCCAGCAACAGCUCCUUGAAGCCCAACACCGCAGACUCAUGCCUCAUCCCAGGCGGACUCAGGAGCGUAUGUCUGUCCAACCUCAUCGGUUACAUCCAAGCUUCGAAUUUGGCCAUCAACUCCAGACUCCUCAACCUGUGGGACCCCAGCCCAGAUACUUAGCUGAAGGAACAGACUGGGAUCUCAGUGUCGAUGCUGGCCUGACUCCCAACCAGUUCCAGGUCAGGCCAGUUCCACAGCAUUAUCAGCAUUACUUAGCUACGCAAAGGAUGCAUCACUUUCUACGAAACACAUCAUCAACGCAGAUGGUUGUUCAUGAAAUUAGAAACUACCCAUAUCCUCAGCUUCAGCUGCUUGCUCUUCAGGGACUGAAUCCAAACAGACACACUUCUGCUGUGAGGGAAAGUUAUGAAGAGCUCUUGCAACUGGAAGACAGGUUGGGAAAUGUGAACAGGGGAGCUGUCCAAAACACUAUUGAACGGUUCACUUUCCCACACAAGUACAAAAAGAGGAGACCACAGGGAAGCAGAACUGAAAAGGAAGAUGGGGAGGAGUUGGAUACCGAUGAGAAAUGCACAAUCUGUCUCUCAAUGCUUGAAGAUGGCGAGGAUGUGAGGCGUUUACCUUGCAUGCAUCUAUUUCACCAAGUAUGUGUGGAUCAGUGGCUAGCGACCAGCAAGAAAUGCCCCAUCUGUCGAGUGGACAUUGAAACACAGCUUGGAUCAGACAGCUGAAAAGAGUCAAUGUGAGGAGGUGUCCUAUCUCUUUUUGGGUCCUUCUUGGGGCAUACAGUCCCUGCAGCAAAAUGUUUGCCUUCUGAGCCAUUUGAUUAAUUUUGAAGAACGCCUGCAAGCACAUUAACAGAUUAUUAUAAAAAUAAAUAAAUGAAGAAGAAGAAGAAGGAGGAGGAGGAGAAGGAGGAGGAGGAGGAGGAAGAGGAGAAGAUGAUUUGGUGGUUCUUAAUGUCUAGAGGAGAUAGGUGGAAAUCCAAGCAGCCGCUGUAGCCGAAACGCAUGGGGACGUGGCUGGAACGCCGAGCAGAAAAGAGUUAGUUGUGGAAACAAAGGUACCUAGUGUUCUAGUUCUGGCCUCUCAAUCCUGCUUCUCAAAGGGAUUGUAUAUAUAUACCUCUCAAAUAAGUAGAAACACAUUAGGGGUUCUUUAGCUAUUUCUAUGGAUGGCUGCUGAAGCAUGUGCGCUUAAGAAAUGUCGUCUUUUGAUGCCCCGUCAUCUUGUGGUGGAUAUGUUGCUGUUACCUAAUCUGCACCAAACAUUGCAUUGGGGUUUUUGAAAUGCUUUCCUUUAUCCAUAAGAUUCCUUACUUUGGUGCCUAGUGAAAAUCUCAUAUAUAUAUAUAUAUAUAUAUAUAUAUAUAUAUAUAUAUAUAUAUAUGCGCAUACAUGCAUGAAGGAGAGGAUGAAUUAUUUCCUUGCUUUGGUGAAAAGAGGGGGGAAAGUCCUGUUUACACUGAGAAAACAAAAAUUAAAUCUUUCCCCUCCUUUCCCCCUAGCAGAAUGGAUUGAAACGGAAUCAAGUUUGCAGAGAGAAAGAAUGUUAAACACGGGGGUGGGGUUGAGAUAAUCAGAAUGAAAUUUGGUUAGGAGGUGAAACGAGAACAGAAAGUCUCUUUCCUGUGUAUCUGCUGGUGCUGGAUGCAUGAAUCAGAUCACUGUUAGAUUGAAGCUUGCUUUAGUCUCCCAGAUUUGAAUGGUGCACCGCCCAGAAAAAAAGACUACAGCAGGCAGGAGUGGGAACAGUGUGACCCACUGGCUGCAUGGGGGCUCCUUGGACAUUUUUUUGUAGCCCCGAGGGCCCCCCAAGGGGUCAGGAAUAAAUUUGCCAAAUUUUAUUUUGCUCCCAAACGCACCCAAAUGCUCUUUAUGGUGUGUGUCGGGCAUUUCCAAAACUUUUGGAGCUCCCUAGGCUCUCCCGGGGUGAAUCAAAAUUUUUGCAGAAGUAUUUUUUAAAAAGACCUUUAUUUGGCUCAAAUAAUCCCCCAAAAGAGUGUGGUGGACAUAUCCACCAACUUUUGGGCCCACCCUGGGCCAAUUUAAGCCCAAGACAGGACUUUUUUCCAACAUGAAGUAAACUUCUGCACCCUUCAUGCUGUUAUAGAAGGCCUCUCCUGGGCCUGAAAUGUUUCAGGAAGGCUGAAAAUAUAUUGAAAAUACACCUUAUUCUCUACAGAGCAUUUGGGGGAUAAAAAAUGAUUUUGUUGUUGUAGGAAUGGGUGAAGUGGGGUGCAGCCCUCCAAGGUUUCCUGGAGGGCUAAGGUAGCCCCCUACCAUUCCACAGUUGCCCACCUCAAAUUAGGGUCUUUCUUUACAAGCUGUCUCAGAGUUUUCUAUUCUUCUGGGCAUUUCUGCCAAUGGGACCCAAAGUCCACCCACAGAAAAUAAUUUGGGAGCAAUUACUCAUUUGAUACCCUCCUUUUGCAACAAUAGAAGCAUUGUUUGCCUCCCAAAUCAAGAUGGUUGCCUUUCUAUUGGUAGUGAAUGCCUGGGAUUUCCUAUCUGGAAGGGGUGACUUUAGGAAUAAUUGGCUGAAGGGCCAUUUUACCAAUGCACCAAGUGACUGGGAAGGAGAAGCAGCCUUAAUCUAGACUUGUGCAUGGGCGGGCUGGAUGUUUAAACCUGUGAGUUAUGCUAGUAGAGGAUUGUACCCGUAGGAACUAGCUGGAAGAUAAACUGAAAAGGCCACGAGAAAUGAAUGAUGCCUUCUUUUGACACAAAAGAAAAGCACAAGUCCCAUUCUCCAAAGCAUCCAGAAUGGGACCUAUAGGCCAUAUCUUGCCUGUUCUUCUUUCUACCUUAAAUUCCUAAUCUUGCACAAGGCAAAGUAUGGAAUUGUCUAUUAAAUCCCAUAAACUCUUCCAGAAGUGUUCCUGUAUCUUAACUGUCUCUGCAUCCCCGAGAAUAAGGAAAGGUCAGGGAACGACUGUGCAAAGCUGCUGUCUCCUUUUCUUCCAAAUCUUUGUGAUGUAUCCCCACCCUAUCCCUCAUUUUUUUGGAGAGUUCAGAAAGAAAGAAUCUAACACACACACCCCCCAACCCAACAAUUAUCACUCCAGAAAAACUGGGCAAUGUUUGUUUUAAGCUCCUCUGUUUUAGUGGUUCUUUCUGCAGUGUCCUAUAGCUGUGGAUAGUAACACAAUGGAAAACCAAAGACAUUUGAGUCCAGCUGUACAUGGCAAAAUGUUUUCACAAUCUUACUGUUUGGGACAUGGAAUAAAUUUUAGGUUUCUGAAAAAUUAUUGGCUUAAGCUCUGGUCCUGAUGGAAAAUGCCAAUGUACUUAUAAAGUCAAACCAUAAAUAAUGGUUGGUGCAGAGUAAAUGAAUGUAGUAAUACUAGCUCAGACACCAUCAUCAUUGCCACCAUAUCCUGAACCUGGUUUUGAAACCAUCACUACAUAAUGUGCCCACUGGCCUAAACCAUUUUGUUAAAUCCUGACUAGAUGGAGAACCAUUGAAUCAAUAGGAUUCACCUCUCCAUUGACUCACAAGUCAACAGUUGAUUCAGUGGGUUCACUAUAGUUAGGACUGACCAGCAGGAUUUUUUUUUUUAAGGUAAGUGGGAUGGGGUGAGGUUGUCAGUGGAAAUAAGGGGAAGAGCUCCUAUUCUGUGUAGAAGAGGGAAUAUCAGCAGUGGUGGCUUGUAUGACAACCAACACCUGCUGAAAUUCUCAUUUUCUACAAUUGCUAAGGGGACAGGAACUCAUUCCCUUAAGAGAGUCAGUGUGGUGUAGUGGUUUGAGCAUUUGACUACAACUCUGGAGGUUCAAGUUCUGCUCUG